AUGAAGGUCGCUUCAAGCCUAGCACUUGUUCUUCUCCCUAGCCUCGCCCUCGCAGAAGCAUCCCGUUGGGUGUGUGGCAGCGGUCUAGACGACGCUGCGUUGACCACCACUGUAUGCACCGACCUUUCACACGCGAACUGUGUUUACCCAAAACGCUUCAAAAAGGGUUUCUUGAUCAAGAAACCGAGGUGCAGAGGAAAUUUUCCGUACUUGUAUCCCCUGAUGGGCCAACUCAUCAAUACGGAUCCCUGCUGGGUCAAUGGCGAGCAAGGUCGCUUGCUGCGCAAAGGAGCGCUGGUUGCUCACACCACCACCGAGGAUUGCACUGGCUGUAUGAAGGAUAAGCUAUGCGGGCAUCAAGUUUUGAAGACUGUGGCAUGCAAAAUGCUACGUUUCGAUAUUGGUGGAAACUAUGAUGAGAUGAAGCCACUAUUCAUCUCGUCCUUGGCCUUUUACUCUCUCUUUUUCUCCGAGUUCCCGGAGCACGGGCAAGAUGGAUGUUUUCCCUCUCUAGAGGUAAAAGAAGCGUUGCAGUACAACCGUAUAACGAUAUGA